CCCAACCCUAUUUCUACAUCUCCAUAGCAAUUGUCUUCCUAUUCAUCGUCGUUCCCGUGAUUUCUUAGCUUGCUGGGUCUACAGUGGAAAUCUACAGAAAAGAAGAAAAGAAUUGUCACCUCAAAGUUGUUUUUGAUGACAUUGGCAAGCCCAUUGACCAAUGAAUUCAAGUAUGAUGGUUGGAGAGCUAAGUUGUCAUCUGUACCAAUUGUAAGUGCUAGAAGACCCUUCCGUCUGAAAGUAUAUAGCUCAAAAAUGAGUAUAUCAAUUACACGUCCUGACGAUUGGCACCUUCAUCUUCGUGAUGGUGAACUUCUUGAAGCAGUGGUUCCUCACAGUGCAAAGCACUUUGGAAGAGCUAUAAUCAUGCCAAACUUGAAACCUCCAAUCACUAACACUGCUGCUGCAUUGGCCUAUCGCCGCUUAAUUUUAGAAGCCCUUCCUGAAAAUAGUGACUUCACUCCUUUGAUGACUCUUUAUUUAACAGACACUACAGACCCAAACGAGAUCAACCUGGCAAGAGAGAGCGGAGUUGUAUUUGCUGUGAAAUUGUAUCCUGCUGGUGCUACCACUAAUUCUCAAGAUGGUGUAACAGAUCUUUUUGGAAAGUGCUUACCUGUACUUGAGGAAAUGGUUCAGCAUAACAUGCCGCUGUUGGUCCAUGGAGAGGUAACUAGUCCCGAGGUUGAUGUGUUUGAUCGUGAAAAGGUGUUCAUUGAAACAAUUCUUAGUCCUUUAAUUCAAAGGCUCCCGACAUUGAAAGUUGUCAUGGAGCACAUUACCACUUUAGAUGCUGUAAAUUUUGUUGAGUCGUGCAAGGAAGGAUUAGUUGCAGCAACUGUCACGCCACAGCAUCUCAUUCUUAACCGGAAUUCUCUGUUUCAAGGAGGAUUGCAACCUCACAAUUACUGUCUUCCCGUACUUAAGAGAGAGAUACACAGACAGGCAAUUGUGUCGGCUGUCACAAGCGGAAGUAAAAGAUUUUUCUUGGGAACCGACAGUGCUCCACAUGAGAGAAGAAAAAAGGAGUGUCCUUGUGGAUGCGCUGGAAUCUACAAUUCUCCAGUCGCUUUGUCUGUCUACGCCAAAGUGUUCGAAGAGGUUGGUGCACUUGACAAGUUGGAGGCAUUUACGAGCUUCAACGGACCGGAUUUCUAUGGACUUGCAAGGAACACAACGAAGAUCAAAUUGGACAAGGCGCCGUGGAAGGUGCCAACGUCAUUUACAUUUCCCUUUGGAGAUAUUGUUCCAAUGUUCGCCGGUGAAACACUUGACUGGCUGCCGUCUUCCAUCUAAAAAGGCUAGUUUUCGACAUCUUUCCUGCCUUUUUGGGAUUUUUUUGGACUUCAGUUUUGCCGAAAUAAAACAUACAUAAAGGAAGUUUAGUUUGAUAAAUCCUGAUGGCUUUAGAGAUAUCUGUGUUGUUCAAAUGGUAUAUUGCUUUAUUUGACGAAGGAGCGGACAACAAUUAUUAAUUUCUUUUAUAAAAUGAUCGUUCAAUGUAAAUAUCUUAUAUGAAAAAUUAGUGCUUAUUUGGUCUGAU